AUGUCAUCAUUCUUGACCACUAUCGCAAGUGCCAGCAAUGGCAGUAAUAAAGUAAGCGAUAAAGCAACAACCAGUACAAAACAAUUUUUAACAUUUCCAUUUCGCCGGCGACGAAAACAUUAUACAAUAAAUCCACCGGAUGACACUUAUCACGUUGUUUACCUUGGUAAUGUAUUGACCAUCAUCGCUAAAGGCGAGGAAUGUUUGGCGAAGCCUCUUUCGUUAAUUUGGCGUACGUAUUGCAAUAGGCAGCGUGCGGAGCUACCUAUGAAACUCACUGUUACACGUUCCGGACUUAAGGCAGAAACAAAGCAACAAGGUAUCACAGAGUAUUGGUCACAUCGGUUGACAUAUUGUUCGGCUCCGUCAAAUUUGCCGCGAGUAUUUUGUUGGGUUUAUAAGCACGAAGGGAAAAAGAUGAAACCAGAACUGAGAUGUCAUGCAGCACUAUGCAAAAAGCGAUCAGAUCCGUAUAGAAUAGCUGAUACACUUGAACAUUAUCUUCGAGCUGCCCUUCAGGAAUAUCGGCGCGAGAAAUUGUGUCGUCAAAAUGCUCGAAUCAAUGCUUUGACUAUUGGACAACCACCUAUUGGACCUAAAAGAAAACUCUUGCUGCAAACAGGUUCACUCAAUUUUCGUCCUCCAGUUAGUCUUUCAAAAAGUGCUCCAAGACUGUUUGCUAUCGAUGAGGAAAAUGAAUAUCCUGAGGAACAACAGGACGAAUAUUCGGACACAGAUUCAUUAUGUUAUGGGGAAUCAGCGGUCAGUGGUGAUGUUUGUAGUAUGAAUAGUUUGGAAAGUAAUGAAACAGCGGAAAUUUCGCUCUCUCGACAGAAUUCUUUCCAGGGCGGUGGUGAUAGCAAACAGCACCUAAUGAGGAGACUAUAUGAUAAGAGGCUAAAGCAAGAAGAACAGCGGAAUGGAUCAGUGGCUAGUGAUAUUAGCUCAAACUUGGAAUCUGGUCCACCAUCCAGUGUUAGUUCAGAUGAUGGGAUGCAAUCCAGUGAUUCAGAAAAUCGAACAUGGGAAAGACGAAGAUUACCGAGCGCAGAAAAAUCAUCGGAACGAGAAACAGACACAAUAAGCGAAGAAUCUGGUUAUCAUGAUUUUGAUUAUGGCUUUAACAGUAGCACUGCUGAAGAUGAUAACUGUGAUCGGAAUAACGAAAUUCGUUACGAUGAUGAUGAAAGUCAGUACGAUGAACAAGUUACUGCACUUUAA